AUGGCAGGCCCGGGAUUCAUGGAUCUCCCUCCGGAGAUUCAGAUCAAAAUUAUCCAGUUGGCGAUCCCUCCAAUGAUCCUACCAGAACACCUCACCACGAGCGGAAGGAUGGUGAGCACCAACGAGCACGAAACAAUCCGCGCUAUCAUGGCGACAUGCCACGAAUUCCGAAACAUCCUUCUCAAGACUCGAGCCCUUACCGGUCGUAGCUCCACCACCGGUCAAAGGUUUACCUUUGACGUUGAACGCGACGCGCUUUUGGUUAGAGGCGCGAACAUUCCGGCCCUUCUCGAAGAUGAUGAUGUUCCGAACCUUCAUGCCGUUCGCCGGCUCAUAAGCCUUCGCCAAUGCUCAAUCGGGUGGGAUUUAUUCCCUUUGAUGCAGAGAACACUUCUGCUUCGGAGGAUGCCAUGGGCCAUCAAUGCCACAGACGAAGAUCGGAUUUAUACUUCUUUUGAGGAGGGACUGCCGUUUCGAACCAGCUUUCCCGUCGCUCAAAAGCUAUGCUCUCUCCGGGAGAUGGACCUUGUGAUUAAGCAUGCUCCAGGCUGGCACAUCUCCUCUCUCCAACAAUUUGGCCCCCAGCCAGAACAUCGACGUAUUGAGCCAGUAUUGGGAGACCUCAAACAUCCUGUUCACCACUCAGGACUCCGUUGGACUAAUCCUCGAUUGGAGGGUUUUCACUCCAUUGAGAUCCCCAUGAUUGGCCUCCAUGGGUAUAGUAUGACUCGCCGGGACCGACGCAACCGGCGGAGCCAGGAGUAUUCCCAAGGUGGUCAAUGGGCUGGUUUCCGUGUUUACCUGGAGACUGAAGAAGUUGAAUUCCGACCACUCACUUGGGAUGAAGUCGAACCGAUUGUUCACCGGCAGAAGCAGCCGGAAACUGGACGAAAGCUCCCGGACCACCAGGACCCGGAGUUUGUGUCGCGAGUCUAG